AUGAAGUGGGCUUCGCUCUUCGCUGCUCUUCUGCUGCUGCGCCUUCUGCCUUGGGGCGAGCCCCAGAGCACGGCCCCUGCUCCCACCGAAGACCCCUUGAUGCUGAACGAGACCAAUGGAUCAACGUGCGCCCAGUGGCUGUACGGUUCCGAGCCGCCAGUGGUGGAAGCUUUCCAGUGCGCGGGGCAACCCGACGGCGCCGAAGUCAAGUUUUGCUGCGGGACCUGCAAUCAGACGCGCAAUUGCUCCUUCGAAGAGCUCACGGAGGACUCCCCACCGCGCCCCACCGACGGCUGCCCAGCGUGCCCCACCGACGGCGGACCAGAGACGUGCCCUCCUUCGCCUAAAGUGUCACGUAAGGCGGCUAUCUCCCUUGGCAUUUAUUAGCUCCACGGGCGGAUACUACCUGGGGCUAGGUCUGCACGCACGCCUGCCGUUCUGUCUCUUUUAGACACGGGUCCCCCGCUCCCUGUCGGCUUCCCUUUCGGUCUAUCGCUCUCUUCCCCGCGUUUGAACUGGGGAUGCGGAUCAGAGGCUCCACUCCACGGGGAGGGCACCUUCGAAGCCCCUUUCGCCUCUCCAAGAAGGCUGCGCGCUUUCGUUGGGAGGCUGGGAACGGGAACUCUCUUAGGGUGAAGCCCAGCUGGCAGAAAACCUGGGGGGAGGGCAAGAAGGCCUUCGAAGGUGCUUCAAAGGGGUCGUGUGGGCCCAGUCUUAGGCUACGCUAAGUCUUUACGUGUCAGAAGACUCUGGGUUGCCACGGGCGGACUAGCUUGCUGACGACUCUGCAAGUAGCUCUGAAAGGCUUGGGCAAGAUUUGUACACGGGGUGGGGGCAGGCUACUUCUCUCGACGAAGUCCGGGGAGUCCUAGUUUCUAGGCCGCUCCCGUGUAGGGACAUUUAUCACAGGGAGUCUUCUCAGCUGAGGACAGUCAGGCUCCAGUUACUAUGGCGCCCUUUCCUGCCCUGUCCUGUGUUAAUUGACUCCUGAAGUGAGACGCGGGGGGAAUGGUUGCAGCCUGAGAUACUCUACCUCAGAUGCUAGCCAUACUCGCCCCCCGGCUUUUUGGUUAAAAUCCCCCACUCCAUUCCUGGGGUGUCCAGUUUGUACCCUUGAGCAGAACAAUCAAGCAAAUGGGUAACAGAACCAGCACUUAUCAUUGUCUUUCUUCUGUUUCAGACUGGGUGAGGAUAACCUGGUUCUCUGGAGGAGUUCUUGCAACUGUGCUAAUGUACUGCGCUUUCCCCCUCAUUUGCGGAAGAUUUUUGCGGAGGAAGACAAACACCCGUGAAAGAGAGGAAGAGAUCGAGGUAGACGGCGGCUCUUCUGUGAGACCCUCUAGCUCCCCUGAUGCCUCCACUAGAUUGGCUCCACCAUCAUCUGCUGGUGCAGAAGGUCUUCCAAGUUCAAGUGACCGUCCUGCUUUUGCCACCUGCAACUUACCGCUUUUGGAGCCUCACGCUGGGUACUCUGAGUAUGUGACAGUCAUGUGGUUUCCAACGGUGCCACCUCAAAAUGGUACUACUUCUGCUUCGAGGCCGGAACAGGGUGGCACAAGUUCCCCGGCUAGGCCAAGUAAUCAGGAGGCCCUCCUCUAA